CUGCACGAACGCGGGCGGUACAUGGGGAUCCUGGGCGCAGUAUUCGGCCUCAGCACAACAAUCGGACCGCUGGUGGGCGGAUUUAUGGCGGAUAAUUGGACGUGGCGGAUAUCAUUCUACAUCAACAUCCCACUUGUUUGUCUGUCUAUAAUUAGCAUCUUGCUCUUCGUGCACCCCAAUACAUUUUCUGAAAAGAUAGCUCGGGUAGACUUUUUCGGCGCCCUCAUGCUUGUGACUGGGCUCAUGCUGCUGCUUCUGGGCCUGAACUGGGGUGGUCGCGUAUACCCAUGGGUGUCUCCAGUUGUGAUUAUCUGCAUCUGCGUCGGCCUGCUACUGCUGUGUGUGUUUGUUUUCAUCGAGGGCAAACUCGCUCUUGAGCCAAUAAUCGACCCGCGAAUUCUGCGCCAUCGCAAUGUGGCGCUGAGUAUCUUGGCUGAAUUAUGCGUAGGCGCAGUAUUUUUCAAUACGACGUUCAACCUGCCGGUGUACUAUUCAUUUACUCAAAACAGCAGCGCUUCAGAGUCGGGUGUGCGCAUGGUGCCGCUGGCCUGCGGCGUUGUUGUGUCUUCUAUUAUAUCUGGCUGGCUGAUAGCCAUAUUCAGCGCUUACCGUCUGGCCGCGUGUGCCGGCGCAGUGAUCAUGACCCUGGGGGCCGGGCUGCUGUGUUUAUUCGACGGGCAUAUCAGCACGGGCGCGCAAGUGCCAAUUUUAGCACUGCUUGGGUCUGGUAUCGGCUGCUGCAUCCAGGCACUGCUUCUGACCGCCCAAGCGACCGUGCGCUCGACGGACUUGGCCAUUACCACGGCCCUCGUAACGUUUUCGCAGAUGCUCGGCGGAAUCAUGGGCCUGGCAUUCGGCAGCAUCCACUAUUUGGAUAUUCUCAUCGAUGUAAAUCCCAAAUAUGCAACAGAUAUUAUCAAGGCGCAGAGCAACGCCAAAGAACAGAGCAUAAUUUCUGCGUAUGCCAAGGGUUUCCAGUAUAGUUUUAUUAUGAUAACUUGCCUGGCGGCUGUCGUCAUCAUAUUUGCUGCUUGCUUGCAGGCCAUGUCGCAGCACAAGCCUCCGCCGACGCCAGAGCCCAGUCCAUCCCCCGCAACGAGCAUCAUUACACAACCUAUGCGCCGUGGUUUUGAUCUCAACCGGAUGGACCAUGAUGAGGCGACGCUAGCAUGGUGACAAAAAUUGGUGCGAAUGUGAUGC